GCAGCAUCAGCAGCAGCAGCAGCAGGAGCAGGAGCAGGAGCAGCAACACAGAUAAUACACCAGUGAAAAGAGACAGCACAUUAAGGUGCAAUUUAAUAAAAUGUUGGCAAUGCCCACGCUUAUGAUGCCAGCAACCGCACAGAUGACGCUCAGCAGUCAGCCGUUGUCGGUGGGCGCCAAACCCUAUGAGACCAAGCUGCUGGCCAUACACCAGACGCACCUGCAGCAACAGCAGCAACAGGCACCAGCACCGCAGCAACAGCCGCAGCAGCAGCAGCAUCAGGCCAACGUGAAGCAACAGCAGCAGCAGUCGUCUCAGCAAAUGUCCAUUGUCACCACUCAGCAGCAGCAGCAGCAUCCACAGUCUCAGUCGCCCCAUCAGCAGCAGUCGCAGCAACAGGCUGUGGCAGCCGCUGCAGCAGCUGCCGCAGCAGCCGCUCAUCAUCAACAGCAGCAACAACAGGCCGCCGUUGCCGCUGCCGUCUGUGCCGCCCAGCAGCAGGCCGUUGCCGUGCAACAGCAACAGCAGCAGCAGCAGCAGCACCAACAGCAGCAACAGCAACAAUACCAAAUCCACUCGCAGCAACAGUCGCCGCAGCAGGUGCUCAGCAUUUCGCCCAAGCAGGAACAAUUCCACAUUUUCGUGGGUGAUUUAAGUUCAGAAAUUGAAACUCAGCAAUUGCGCGAGGCAUUCACACCAUUUGGCGAAAUUUCGGAUUGCCGUGUGGUGCGCGAUCCGCAAACCUUGAAAUCAAAGGGAUAUGGCUUUGUGUCCUUCAUCAAGAAAUCGGAAGCUGAGAGCGCCAUUACGGCCAUGAAUGGCCAGUGGCUUGGCUCGCGCUCAAUUCGCACGAAUUGGGCCACACGGAAACCGCCGGCGAGUAAAGAAAACAUCAAGCCGUUGACUUUCGAUGAGGUCUACAACCAGAGCAGUCCCUCCAAUUGCACCGUUUAUGUGGGCGGGGUCAACAGCGCCCUCACCGCACUCAGCGAGGAGAUUUUGCAGAAAACAUUUGCACUCUAUGGCGCGAUACAGGAAAUUCGCGUCUUCAAGGAUAAGGGCUACGCAUUUGUGCGCUUCUCCACCAAGGAGGCCGCCACUCAUGCCAUCGUCGGCGUGCACAACACCGAAAUCAAUGCACAGCCUGUGAAGUGCUCCUGGGGCAAGGAGAGCGGCGAUCCCAACAACUCCCAGACUAUGGCCAGCCAGGCAUUGAAUAGCGCUGCUGCCGCUGCUGCCGGUUUUCCGUACGGCGUUAGUGCUGCCGCAGCCGCAGCUGCCGCAUAUGGUCAGCAGCUGGCAGCCACUGGGUGCUGGUAUUCACCGACGCCCACUUAUCCGACCUCGUCGGCCCCCACCGCCGCUGUGACACCGGCUGCAGCGGCGGCCAGCGCUGCAGCUGUGCAGAAUCAGUUCCUGCAGGGCAUCCAGGGCUACCACUUCAGUCAGUAUGGAGGCUAUCAGCAGGGCUACAUGGGCAUGGGCGUACAGAUACCAGCCACUUGGCAAGGCGUCACCCAGGCCCAGAUCUCGCCGGCACAGCAAUUGGCAACGGGCGUCGCCGGCACUGCUAUACCACAGGCCGCCGGUGUGGUUGCCUAUCCGAUACAGCAGUUCCAAGUCAGCCCACAGUUGCAGGAAGAUGAAUGGUUAGCUGCAAAUUUAUUGUGUUAGAACAAGCAAGACAAGAUCCGAAUUAUGUAAAAAUAUAUAUACAUAUAGUUAAUACCCAGCUGUUCCACAAGUCCCUUCAACUUGUCAUUUGCUAUAUUCAGGAGUAAAGUAUCUACAUCCACAAAUCAAUAUUUGUUGUGCUCAGUUCAAAAAUACAUUCAUGUUAAAUGUCAUAUCGCUUCGUCGCUUUGUUCGUUGGAGUUUUUAUACAUAUUUUAUAGCCAUACAAAUGAGUAUUAAAAACAAACAAACAAACAACGAGUGUAAAAGAUUUGUGGAAUGUUUGGGGAACAGAGAUUAGCAAACACUAGAGGAAACGCCAAUACACAAGUACAUGCAUAUACUAAUAUACUCGUACAUAUAAUGAAUACAAUCAAAAUAUGCCAUCGAAUGAUA